AUGGCCGCAGUAAGAAUGACACAAGCUUCCCACCCAGCCCCCUGGGACACCAAGCCCCACCACCAGGAAGUCGUCAAGCUCUCCUACAGCCUAAUCAAACACGGAGCAGAGAAACCCCCGUCGCGGAAGACGUAUUUCAUAGAAGACGACGGAAGAAUUGUAGAGACGGGCCUGCAGUGGCAAGUGACCACUCGCCACAGCGACGACGACUUCGACGACAGCGACGAGGAGACACUGGUCGCAGCAGACGACAGCGGAGCGGCCUCGCCCAAGCCCGACUUCAACUCCAACGCGAAGAUGGACGAGAUCAAGCGCAAGCUGCGCGAAGACGACCUCAAGUUCAUGGCCGAGGUCGGCCUGUCGGGGGAGGAGUUCGCCGAGUACAUCGCCCAGGCGGACUCGUUUGGCAGUGCUCCUUCGACGCGGUCGAGUGGGACUCUAGGUGCGGAGUGGGGUGACUAUGAGGAUUACGAGGAUGGGGAUGAUGGGGAUGAUGAGGAGUCGGUCUUUGAGGUUGGGUAUGAUGACGAGGCUCCGCUGGCGGAGGUCGUUGAUGUCUACCUUGAGGAUUUGUCUGCUCCUGUUGAGGUUGUCAGUGAGGUUGAGUUGCCGCGCCCGACAAUGCGGGCGUCUGUCGAGGUUGUCGAGGGUGUUGAGGACCUUGAGGUUGUCGAGGCUAUCCAGGUCGCCGAGGUCGUCGAGAUCGUUGAGGCCGUCGAUGCCGUAGAUGUCGUCCAUGUCGUUGAUGUAGUCGAGGAAACCGACUUGCUCGAGGAAGUCCAGUUGAGAACGGAGGGGCCCGUGGAAUCACCUGUGCCCGAGAAGAAGACGUCCUUCUUCGGGCGGGUGGUGCAAAAGGUGGCCAGCAGGCUCGAGAACGCCAAUGUGUCUAGCGCUUUGGAGAGGGCGAAGAAGGUGAAGAGCGCGUCGUCAAAGUGGGCAACGCGUUUAAGACCUCGGAAAGGAUAG